AUGAAAACAGUUACAACUGGCGAUGCAGAUGUAAUUCAACCUAAGCCCGCCCCCAUCCACAUCUCAAGCACACCACCGCGAGCUCCAACAACCGAGGUGCUUAACGAACGAGUUAUGGCCGAUAAACUUUGGGUCGGAGUAUUGAUUACAUCAGUUCUAGCUCUACUUGGCGGCAGUCUUGCCUUUUUAGUAACCACUCAAAAUCUAGAUGUAGUGGCCAUUGCUCUAAGCCAGAUUACGUGGACUAGUAUUUUCUUGACCAUAGUUCUACCUAUUGCCAUUAGCUUGGGAGUUUUAGAGGUCGUUCUCUUUCUGCUGCGAGCUAUCCCAUUAAUUACUAUUCACGUCUCUUACAUUCUUACUAUGCUUGUCGCCCCAAUUGCCGCUCUACUGGUCUUCCCACGCACAGAUCUACUUAUUAUCGAGUGUGUGCUCUGGUUUAUUAUCUCUCUAAUUGUCUACAUUGUUAUCUUCCAUCGUCUCCAAAAGGCUGCUGACUUGCUCAAAAUAGUCGCUGAGCUUCUUCUAAAGAACCAACCCAUCCUCCUAUCCUAUCUUUUUGGAGGACUUAUUCUUAUCGGUCCUUUCUUGUUUAUUGUCUGGGCGGCUUUUAUCGUCAACUACCAAAACCCAGCAGUGGGCAACGAGCAGUACCCAAUAUUCUUUUGGACUGCGUUUGUGGGCACUGUUUGGGCCCUUGUCUUUAUUAUCCAUGCCGGCGAUGUCUUCUUUGCACACAUUUUCUCGAUCUUAGCGCCCGGCAUCACAUCCAGCACAUUGUCAAUUAUUCAUUCCGGUUUCCAGCAAAUCAUCCAAUCAUGCGGUACUAUUUUCCUAGGCACAAUACUGCAAACUAUCCUCCUUGCCGCCCGAUCCAUCCUUCAGUUCGCCAGCAAGAAAGAGAUCUUCAACCGUCGCAAUCCACGUUCCAUCCGCAACGCUCUACUUGCUAUCUAUGGGCUUAUCACCAGUCUACUAAAACUCCUCGACCUUUCCAUCGGCCUCUGUACUCAGUACGCCCUCGUCCUAGCUGGCAUAAACGGCACCAGUUUCCACGAUUCCAUCAAUGAUUCCAACACCCUCUCCGACGCUAAACUCGGUUUCCCCCUUACCUUCUUCCCAGCCAUGAUUCUUUCCUCAGUUGUUUCCAUCAUCAGUGGUCUCUUCUUCUGCACCACCAUCGGCGCAACCAUCCUCACCGGCCUCACUUCCGCCACCUUGAUCUCAGCCACCCUCAUCCCAAUCCUUGGGAUCUCCGCCAUCUCAUCAUCUGCCCUCGCCCUCAUCGCCAUCGCCAUCACAGCCCAGAACCCCCCCAAGUAA